AUGCGCACAUAUACUCCUGCCCUCCUUACCCUACGAUUGGGAUUGGGAUUAGGGCUUUUGUGUUUGAUACAACCUACAUUUGGACAUGGGAAUGGGAAUGGAGAGUUGGUGGGGAGUGGAAGUGGGGAAUUCGAUGAGGAGAGGUUACCGUUGCCGAGUUAUCAUUUUGGGGCGGGGAUUAUGGUUGAGUGUAUGGAGAGAGAUGUAAAUUAUGAGGGUAAUAUGGAAGAUUAUACUGGACGAACGAUCGCGAAUGAGCCUGCGACUACGAUUACGAAUACGAAUUAUAUGUGCUGUAAACUUUGGAUGAGAUUGGGAGGCACUUGGGAAAAGAGUUACUAUGAUCUUCAAGUUUUCAGAGAACAUGUUCAACUCGAUGAUAAUUCUUUAAAAUACAUACCAUUUCCGAUAUGUAAUGAAACAGGAAAACCAUUAGAAUUGAAAUAUGGAGUUGAAGAAGGGGUUAUUGAUAGUGGAGUCGCUUAUAGUACUAGUCCUUUGAGUCAUAUUACUGGACCAGCAGCUUUGACAAAGAAAUUGAUUAUUGGUGAUGAGUUACCAUUAAGAUUGAGUGUGAGAUGGUUCCCUACUCCAUUGUUACCUAGGGAAAAUGGAAAGGUAGAAUGGAAUGGAUUAGGGGGUCAUGUAGGCUGGGUGACGAUCGGGUAUAUAAUUUUAGCUUUUGGUGCUGGAGCAACGGUAAUGGGAGCUUGGAUGGUAGGGUGGGAGGUUCCUAGGAGGAUGAAGGGAUGGAGUGGGAGAUUAGCGAGAGCGGGGGGUUUGAGUGGUGGGGUCGGGAAGAGUCUUGGUGGGGCUACCCCGUUGGGUUAUGGCAUUAAGGGGAAUGGGAAUGGGAAUGCUUAUGUUAAUGGAGGGACUGUGGGGAAUGGGUGGGGAUUUGUUGGGGGUGGUGUGGUGGGCAGGGAUGGGAAGAGGGAUUAG